UUGAGGUCCACUGUAAUUUUUCAGGUAAUUUGUCCCUGAUGAAGCACCGUAGCCAUCGAAGAGCAGAAAACACUUGAGGAGUGCUUUGUGCAGCCAAUCGUCUGUACCACCCCGCAAGAUUACAACAAGGCUGGGAGUGGGAGGGAGGACUUGGGAAGCAAAACAUGGCGAAAUAACAAGUUUGGCUGUUAGCUGCAGUUUGAAACUGCAUCGUAUCUUGCAGUACUGGACUAUAACUACAAGUUCAUAAAAUCUGGACGCCGAGGAAAGAAAGCGACGCUUAACUGGAAAGAGUCGAGGGCCCCAGCUGACAAGUAUUACGGUGGCUGGCGAGAACAUAGUGCCCGUCUGUCUGCCUGUGUUUUCCCCGGAAGGUUGGCAGUGCUAGGCGCGACUGUCAACACAGAAAAUGGAUGAAGAAGGAAAGUUUAUUCUGGAAAACGACAGUUUAGUCUGCUAGCUUAGCUACGUUAGCUAGCCAGUUAAUGUUAGAUUGAUCGUGCGCACCUGACUCGGUGUUUGGAUUACCGUGCGCUCCGGCUGAAAUUGAGGAAUAUUUAAGUCGUGUUAACAAGUUUGACAACUGCAGUCGCAAAGAAUCGUUUUUCAAACGAGGCCAUUCUUUUUCAUUUUCCGCACGUAUCCCAUAGUAAUAUCCCGGGAGGACAUCUUUUUAAGGCUAAUAAUGACAGCCUGACAGUCGGUUCUGGUACGGAACGGUGCGGACGGACCCGGACGCCAUCACAUCAGACGUUGCGUUCUCCUUAAAAACAACCAUCGCGUUGCUGAGCCGUGAAUGUUAUUUUAUACUUAAUCACCACAGCAAGGAAUGUUUCAGUGACACACCAGACCGAUCUGAUAGUUUUUUUUUCCCGCGACACUCAUGAUUUUAUUAAAUACAACAUUAGCUUGGAUGUUGUACAGCAGCAAAGACGCGGCGUCUCGUCAAAAUGAACGCAGCAAGGUGUUCAACAACAGUGGAGGUGCAUUGCAUUGAAAACCUGCCAGUUAUUAGAACGGCACCGAUGGCCGGCUAACGGUGACGUUAACAGUUUGUUAAAAUCUCUUAUUUAAGUUGGAUUGUUUUGGUCGGAUAUUGCAACCGGCAUUUCUGUAAAACAACUGCGGAUAACAUUAUAGCUCUCGGCCAGAGUUGACGUGAGCUAGCCAGCUGGGUGCGUCUGUGGCAGCUCUAUCUGCGAUGUGUUUGCUAAUCUAAGAGCUACCGUGUUGUUCCGCAACAGUUUCAGCAUAACGAGCAGCCCUUUUGCUAUAUUUUCUCUUGAAAGAUAAUCCCUUUCAGGCUUGUUUAAGCAGCCACUUAAAUUUUCCUCCAGUACUUCUUGUCCAAUAACUGGCUAACUUGUUAGCUAACGUUAUAAGUUUCGCCAGCUAUGUCUGAAAACGCCCCCACACGAAGCCUGGAUGACAUAGACCUCGCAGCUCUGAGGGAUCCAGCAGGAAUCUUUGAGCUGGUCGAGGUCGUUGGCAAUGGGACAUAUGGGCAGGUGUACAAGGGCCGUCACGUGAAGACAGGCCAGCUGGCUGCCAUCAAGGUGAUGGAUGUUACGGAGGAGGAAGAGGAGGAGAUCAAAGCAGAAAUCAACAUGCUGAAGAAAUACAGCCACCACCGCAACAUAGCCACGUACUACGGUGCCUUUGUCAAGAAGAGUCCACCAGGACACGAUGACCAGCUUUGGCUAGUGAUGGAGUUUUGUGGGGCAGGAUCAGUGACCGACCUGGUUAAAAACACUAAGGGCAGCUCCCUAAAGGAGGACUGGAUUGCUUACAUCUGCAGAGAAAUCCUAAGGGGCCUUUCUCACCUCCACGCCCAUAAAGUCAUCCACCGAGACAUCAAGGGCCAGAACGUGCUGCUAACAGAGAAUGCAGAGGUCAAACUUGUUGAUUUUGGGGUGAGUGCUCAGUUGGACAGGACCGUUGGGCGUAGGAACACCUUCAUCGGCACACCUUACUGGAUGGCACCCGAGGUCAUUGCCUGUGAUGAGAACCCCGACUCCACCUAUGACUAUCGGAGUGAUAUCUGGUCCUUGGGGAUCACAGCAAUUGAGAUGGCAGAGGGAGCUCCUCCCUUGUGUGACAUGCAUCCGAUGAGAGCCCUCUUCCUGAUUCCCAGGAAUCCCCCUCCAAAACUUAAAUCCAAAAAAUGGUCCAAGAAAUUCAUUGACUUUAUAGAGGGCUGUCUCGUGAAGACCUAUCCCAGCCGACCAUCUACAGAACAGCUGCUCAAGCACUCUUUCAUCAGGGACCAGCCCACUGAACGCCAGGUCCGAAUUCAGCUCAAAGACCACAUUGAUCGUACACGCAAGAAAAGGGGAGAGAAAGAAGAGACAGAGUAUGAAUACAGUGGUAGUGACGAAGAGGAUGAAAAUCGUGGAGAUGACCGAGAGUCAAGUUCAAUCCUCAAUGUGCCCGGUGAGUCCACCCUGAGGCGGGACUUCCAGCGUCUGCAGCAAGAGAACAAAGAGCGCUCGGAGGCUCACAAGAGGCAGCAGGCCCAACUGGCUGCUCAACGCCGGGACCCUGAGGAACAUAAGAGGCAACUGUUGCAUGACCGACAGAAACGCAUUGAGGAGCAGAAGGAACAGCGCCGCAGACUUGAAGAGCAACAGAGAAAAGAGCGAGAGAUGGUGAGGCAGCAAGAAAAAGGUCCCCACCGGAGACUUGACGAUAUGAGACGGGAGGAAGAUAGAAGGUUGGCUGAGAGGGAGCAGGAGUUUAUCAGACAUAAGUUAGAGGAAGAGCAGCGGCAGUUAGAAAUCCUUCAGCAGCAGCUGCUUCAGGAGCAGGCACUGCUUAUGGAGUAUAAACGCAAACAGCUGGAAGAACAGCGUCAGUCAGAGAGGUUACAGAGGCAGCUGCAGCAGGAGCAUGCCUACUUGGUGUCUCUGCAACAACAGCAGCAAGAAAAGAAACCCCAGCUCUACCACUAUAACAAAAACCUGGAGCCCAACAACAAACCUACUUGGGCUCGUGAGGUGGAGGAGAGAAGUAAGCUCAACAGACAGGGCUCACCCAAAAUCUGCACCACUGUCUCCGACACUGCCAUCCAGUCACGCUCUGACUCAAUCAGUCAGUCAGGAGUGGUCCAGUCUGCUCAGACUCCACCGAUGCAGAGGCCUGUUGAACCCCAAGGAGGACAGGGCAAGUUCCAGAUGGCUCACUUGGUUCCUCUGAAGCCUUAUGCUGCCCCUGUCCCUCGCUCCCAGUCCCUCUGUGACCAGCCCACUAAGACCAUGUCUGCAUUCCCCACCCAGGAUCCCUCCCUCACCCCCACCCCCCGCCCCAUCCACUCUAGAGAGCUGGUGCGUCAAAACUCAGACCCCACUUCUGAAACCCCGGCACCACAGGCCCACCAAAUCAGAGAGGAUCGAGGCCCCUGGAUCCGUCUGCCAGAUGUGGAACUCCCACCCAAGAUUCCCCAGAGGACAGCGUCUAUUGCCACAGCUCUCAACACCAACCUGACCUCUGGCAUAAGGCAUCCAGUAAGAGCCAGCAAUCCAGAUCUCAGCCGCAAUGAUCGCUGGGAGAGAGGAGACAGUAUGAGCAUCAUAUCCAAUCUGCCCCAGACUGGCUCUCUAGAGAGGCAUCGCAUCCUCAGUUCCUCCAAAAUGGAUUCACCCAUUCUCUCCCACGAUAGUCGCCAUAAGCCAGGGGAGUCUCGCACCUCUUCCCGUCCUGGGCGCCCUGCUAGUUACAAGAGAGCUAUAGGGGAGGACCAUGGCCUCUUUGCUAAGGAGCGUGCUGAGGAGCAGCCAAGGCCUCCGGUCAAGGCCAAUGAUUACUCCUCGUCUUCUGAGAGCAGUGAGAGUAGUGAGGAGAGCGAGAGUGGCGAGGGAGCAGAGGAAGAAGAAAGCCCCACAGAUCGUCACAGGGACGCAGACACUGAUUCAGUCAACACCAUGGUGGUCCAUGAAGACGAAGGCGAGGGGGGAGAUGGAGAGCAAGCUGGAGGCUAUGGGGACCAGACCAUGCUGGUACAAAGGACCCCAGAGAAGCGGAGCCAUAAUGGAUACACUAACUUGCCAGAUGUGGUGCAGCCCUCCCACUCCCCCACUGAUUCAGCCACUCACUCUUCCCCUGGGAAGGACUCUGUUUAUGACUAUCAGUCCAGAGGUUUGGUCAAAGCAUCUGGCAAGUCCUCCUUCACCACCUUUGUGGAUCUGGGCAUGUACCAGUCGCCAGGAGGCACAGGGGAUAACAUGUCUGUCACUGGCUCCAGGUUUGAGCAGCUGAAGAUGGAGGUGAGAAAAGGAUCCAUGGUGAAUGUCAAUCCCACCAACACACGCCCCCCCAAUGACACACCAGAGAUCCGCAAAUACAAGAAGAGAUUCAACUCAGAGAUCCUGUGUGCUGCACUUUGGGGUGUGAACCUGUUGGUGGGCACAGAGAAUGGUUUGAAGCUGCUGGACCGCAGUGGUCAGGGCAAGGUUUACCCCCUCAUCAACUCCCGCAGGUUCCAACAGAUGGACGUCCUGGAGGGCCUCAACCUGCUCAUCACUAUAUCAGGCAAGAAAAACAAGGUGCGUGUCUACUACCUGGCCUGGCUGAGGAAUAAGAUCCUUCACAAUGAUCCUGAGGUGGAGAAGAAGCAAGGCUGGACCACUGUGGGGGAGAUGGAGGGCUGCGUUCACUACAAAGUGGUGAAAUAUGAGAGGAUAAAGUUCCUGGUGAUUGCUUUGAAGAAUGCGGUGGAAGUGUACGCUUGGGCACCUAAACCUUAUCACAAAUUCAUGGCCUUCAAGUCUUUUGCAGAUCUGCCGCACAGGCCUCUUCUGGUUGACCUAACAGUGGAGGAGGGUCAGAGGCUUAAGGUCAUCUAUGGCUCUUGUGCUGGUUUCCAUGCCAUUGACGUGGACUCUGGAAACAACUAUGACAUUUAUAUCCCAGUGCACAUCCAGAGCCACGUGACACCGCACGCAAUUGUUUUCCUGCCCAGCUCAGAUGGCAUGGAGAUGCUGCUGUGCUACGAGGACGAGGGCGUCUAUGUCAACACCUACGGACGCAUUAUCAAGGACGUGGUCCUGCAGUGGGGCGAGAUGCCCACAUCUGUUGCUCAUAUCUGCUCGAAUCAGAUCAUGGGCUGGGGAGAAAAGGCCAUUGAGAUCCGCUCUGUGGAGACUGGACACCUGGAUGGUGUCUUCAUGCACAAAAGAGCUCAGAGGCUGAAGUUCCUUUGUGAGAGAAAUGACAAGGUAUUCUUUGCAUCAGUGCGGUCUGGAGGCAGCAGCCAGGUGUACUUCAUGACCUUGAACAGAAACUGCAUCAUGAACUGGUGAAGAAACAGCUGCUCUGGUCAGUGUGUGUGGAACCCAGCAGGGUUUUAGAGAAGGAAGUGCAUCCGAAAAUUCCCGCAAAACGCAUGCACACAAAUGCGAACACCUCUCUCGCUUUCUCUCCAGCUCGCUCUCACUCAUGCACUCAUGCUCCAAAGACACACGUACAAACUUUUACAGACAACACACACACACAUACACAAACACAAAUUAUAUCUAAAUUCAUUCCAGCCUACACUCCUUAAGAUACAGUUUGUACUGAGGCCCCCCUGAUAACAUUCUCCCUCGAAUCAUCAUGAAAAAUCACUGAUGAGCUUCAAAUGUUAAUACCAUCUAUUAAUUUGUACUGUAUAUAUUCUUGUCUUGAUUUACUUUACUUGGUGGACCUGUGUUCAGUCGUAACUAUUUAGUUCCUAAUUGUGAAGUAUGUUAAAAACAUUCCUUGAUGGUUCUACAGUACAUUUUGAGGAAGGCAUUAUUUACCAAUACUGUAUGUUGAAAUGAAGCUGUAAAUAGAUAGCACCUGACACUUAGAUCCGAAUCAUUUGCAGGCCUCUUAUAUAUUCAUUCAGUGUGUUGCCACUGGACACGUCAAAUAAAACAAUGCUGGAACACCCAUCUGCAGUGGCUUGUGGACCCCCAUUGUUUUGGGGGUUUUGCAAUGUCAGGAAGGCUUACAGGAAGGGUUUAGUACAAAGAAUAUCACAAAGGGACAUUCAAGUCAGGUUAAAGUAGCUUGUUGUAUAGUAAACCGUAACCUGAAGUCCUGCUCCCACAGAGUUUUUUUUUCUGGCCUGAGUGUUAAAUUAUGUUGCAACUCUUAAUCAUGGCUUUAGUAAGCCUUGAAUGCUUCAAAAGCAAAGUGAAUUUCAAUUUAAAACCAAAUAACUAAUAAAAAAAAAUCAGAAGUCUCAGAAAUGUGCAGUACUCAGAAUCAGUACUGUGAAAAAUCUCCUGCUUGCCUUUUUUUCUAUGGUUUAGGUGAAACCAUUAAUUAUUUGACUCAUCAGGCUUGUAUCUAAACUUUUUGUUUUCGUAGAUUUACAAAAUACAAAAAUUUGAUAUUUAUAUGUAGUGAUUCUGUAUUGGUAUUAGCCUACUGGUAUUCUUAAUUUUACUGUAAUUAUAUUGCCAUUAUAUUGCAAUAUAUUCUAUUCUUGUGGAGUCUUUGUUUGAUGAGGAGAGUUCAUGUAUUUGGCUGGUGUAGUUAGGGGGAGUGCGGUGUCAACUUCAGAGGAGAGAGGGGACGGGACAUUUGUCAGUAAAGGACGACAUUGGAGGAAUGUGGAAGGAGGGUGUCACUGAGAUUAUAGUGAUGAAGGGAGAUCAUUUUCAGGGUCCUUUCACCCUCCUACCACAGUGAUCUACUCUACUGUAUUAUAUUUCAGUUCUUAGACUAUUUUUGUUAGUGUGGAUCUUUUUGUGAGAAGUUUUUGUCCAGGGGUUUGCAGUGAAAACAGCUCUUAGUGUGGUAUAGUUCUUAUUUGUCUUGGGCCAGUGGAAAGAUAUAAUGUAGGGUGAUUCUGCAAUACCACAGAGGACUCCAUCUCAUCAGGCACUUUGGAGAACACGGCUGGAACACGAGACUUAAUAUAUUUUAUAUCUAUACAUUCUGCCAAAGUUCACAGCAUAUUUUGCAGCGGGGGUAUGAACCAAGGCCAAAGGCAAUAGAGUUUAAUUGGCGACUAUAGAGAUUUGAGAAGAAACUAUUCCCACAGAUCACUAACCAUUGUUUUCCUUUCAGUAUAUAAAUCCAAAGAGUCAGUUGGCUUUUCACUGAUGUCAUGGUAUCAUGCUUUAGUAGCUGUUUGGGAUUUCCAGUAGAUCUUGACUUCUUUAUUUAGGGGAAUGAACUGUCUGCAUUGUUUAGGCAGCUGCAUUAGGGAGAUACUGUGCUCUCAUACACCAGACAGUACGGUAGAAGUAAGAGGCGGCGUUAUCAGGAAGUAGCCUGGUGGUUUUCUGUCAGCAGUGGGUAGGUCAACACAUGAAUCACGCUUUUUGUUCAGCGGUCGACUUGGUUACACCACCACUGUGCUGCCACAGCACUUUGGUAUCAACAGACAGACAUUUUAAAGUGAAGAUGGUUUUACUCGCUCCUAUCAUGUACCUCAACAGUAUGGAGUUGUUGGGAAAAUAUCUACAUUUUCAACAAGUUAGUUCAUCUGGCCAUAAAUAGAUGCUGACAUUUUUAUGGUAAAAGAAUGUAACUGUAAAGUUUUCAUGAGACUGCUGGUAUGAAAAGCUUUUGGAUGUUAUGAAAGGAAUCUUGGCUAGUGAUCAAUGGGAUAGUCUGCUAAAAGUCAUGCUUUAAGAUAAGGAGAUAUAUUUUAUGCACUCAAAAAGAAUGCUAUUAAGAACACAGUGUAAAGUCAGGGCAGAGAGUGUUUAAUCAAAGAUUAUAUACAUAGAUGGUUAAUUUUUUGGUGAGAUUAUAAAACAAACUGUAAAUGAGCAUGGAAAGCACUUUCACUUCAGUAAACAUACAUUUACAAAUAUAUCUCGAGCAGAUACUUUGGUGUGCGUGUAAGCCAUUGAAAUAGAGCAUGUGGUACUGUAUCAAAGUUGUUUUCCCCUUUAGCGAAUGUGUUUUUAUCCUUAAAUAUGUGCCAUGAAUUUCAGUGAAUUUGAAUAACAGUCCACCAAGAGCUCUGGCACUCAUUCUUUUUAUGGUAAAAUCUUUUUUUUUUUUUUUUCAAUCUGCCAUGUUUACAGUUAAAGCAGUGCCUUGGAGUUGGGAAGGCGAGAUAUUUUAGGAUUGGUUGUGAGCCCCCCCCCCACCCCCACUGGUCUCUUACUUGAAAUCACACAAAGAAGAGGCACAAUUAUUUUUGCUCCCCCCAAUAUAAAUCAAUGUGCCAGUUAAGUGCACUUAAGUAAAAAAUCCAGAAGAUCCCAUAGAGGGACUUGAAAUGCUUUUUUGGCACCACAUAUCUGGUCUAAAAUAAUGGACAGAGGAUAGUCAGUCAGAAAGUUGCAAUAACAGAUAAGUUAAUACAUGUCCAAUUAAUCCAGUGUAACAUGUAGAGGAUCUACUCACAGUGGGAGCCAGCAUAGAGAAAAGCCAUACGUAUGAAACGUGUUUGUAGAAGAAAACUUAGUACUUGUGCACAGAUCAAAUUCAACUGUAUGUGAUGUCUGCUCAGAAAAUGUAGGCUCUUGCAGCAAAGGUGAGGUUAAGCGCUUAUUCUUUAAUGAUGUUGAUUGUUUAAUCUUGUAGUGGGGAAAGUAGCUUGAUAUAUUCUAAGAAGCCUAUUUUAUAAAAUAUGUAAAUUAGUCUAUAUUGAGAAAUAAAAGUGAAUGUACAUCUAUAAGACAGAUUUGUAUUUAUAUAAAAAUGUGUACCGCUCUAUUAAUCAAAGCACAAUGUAUUUGAGGCAGAGAGAUCAAAGCUAUAAUUGACUAUAACAGAGAGAUGGAGUUUUUUUCCCCCCUCCUCAUUCAUUCAGCAGUUGUCAAACUCGUCAGUAUGUAACCAGUCUAAGUAGUUGGUUAUAGUGAAGCUGAGUUGUCCACUCAGACAACUGUGUGUAUGUGGUUAGUCAGAAUUACUACGAUGUUUCUGUUGAGUUGUCCAGACAGUGAAAUAAAGUCUGCCUUUCUCGUUUCCAGAAGAGUCAACUUGUGGCAGUGAUUCAGGCCCAUGUGGUGACUCACAGAUUGGUGUUGGACUCUUGGCGUCUGGUGUAAAUUGCCUUCGUGGGGUUGACAGGCUGUUAAUAUGCUCAGGUGAUGACAGGGAUCAUCACACAGGUGGUACGGUGGUGACGUGAAGGGCGUGAAGGCCUUUGUUCUGAGUUUAUUGGCUCUUGGUUUUGAGAUUUUAUCCAAAAAAAAAAAAAAGCAUUCAGCAAGUGAAAAGUGCAUCCAUCAAUUACUGACUAUUACAGAACACAGACAGAGACACUACAUUUUUGUAACUAUGAUAUAAUAUUGAUGUGGUUCCCCAAAACUAUAGUGUUACUGUCAGACAUUUCCUCAUUUCCUUUUUAAGAAAUCUGACUUUUUAAUGCUGCUAAAAUGAUUUUUGAAUCACACCAGUAAGUACUCCAUCUACUAAUUAAGAUGAAUAUAAUUUCUAAAGUACACAGGAGAUAUAUACUGUUAAAUACUUCACUGCUCCAUUUAAAUUUAGUCUAUUUGUGAUGCUUUUACAAGAAUAUCCAUUCCAUGUAAAGGAAGGUAUUUAUUAAAAAAAAAAGCAAAAUACCACAGCAUCAUAUUUUAAUCAUCUUCACAGAUUCAUUCAUUCAUUCAUUAUGGCUAAUGCUGCAAGUGAAUUCUUGGACUUACUAAUGACAGUAAUGUUGGGUUUAUUUUAGGAAGAACCUUAUUUUAUCAAUAAAAAAAAUAAUAAUCUCAAAACAAGCUCAAAACUGUUGUGGCUCAACAUUGUAACUAAAACCUCAUGUUAAGUAUCUGCAUCUGCUUUUUAAGGUGAGGUCAUCAACUUGACUGACACUUCCACAUGUUAAGCUUGUUGUGUAAGCGGUUUGCAGUUUAACACAGACGACUCAUUCAGAUCGUCAGCUUCUCUAGAAGCACUUCAAGGUGUGAAAGUGCUUUUUCAUUUUGUGCCAAGAGCCAUUAAAAGACGUGAACCUCACAACUCUUUAAGUUUUAGGGAAAGAUUUGCUGAAUUCAUGUAAUGCGACUCUGGAACAGCCAAGAUGCACAAAGUUUGUCAUCAGAGGGAAAGAGGCACCACUGAGUUGGAGGUGAAGGGCUGAAGGUGUGGACGACAUUUCUUAUUUUCUAAGCAAUACAAGCAUUUGAACAAAUCAAAAAAAAAAAAAAAGACAUGGCUGUCCAUCUCAGUGUGGCUUGCAGGAAAUGAGUCUUCAGUGGCCUUUGGCAGACUGAAUGUAGACUGGUUUGUGUGUCGCUUGUUAAAGAAAUUAUUCUGUGCUUUACUUUUAUUUGUAAUCACGAGGAAUAAAGGUUUCUCUCUGUCAGUUUAACACAUUCACCUGUUGGGAUGCUUGUUCUUGUUUCGCUGUAGUGAAAUCCCAGAAACUGCCUUUACUUCACUUUAAGUAUUGAUAAAUGGAUGAUAACUAAUACACUGAUGAGGCACUCCUUUCUCAUAGCUUCUAUUUCUAAUCAAUAACGUAUGAGUGGAUUAGCAGCUGUAGCUGGGAGUGAGGCAGAUCAAACUUUGGGGAGCUCUAAAACGACGUGGAUCUUUGGACAGAACUACAAUAUCUAUUAUUCUUUUUCAAUAACUUUUUUUUAAAGACGGUAAACAUCUUUGCAAUGUUUUAGUGUGUGCGCGCGCGUCUGUGUUACUUGUGAGAGGUUAACUCCAGAUUGUAUUUCAUAGACUGAUAAACUUUAAACUUUCAAAGGAUUGUGUUGAAUGAAUUCAUGUCUUAAUACAGAAUUGUUUGAAAAAUAAAAUACCUUGAUCUCA